AGAGGACAAAGACAUUCUGUGGCAAAUUGAACACGCGGAACCUUAUUGUAGCAGGCGACGUUAAUGCAUGGAGUCACUGGUGGGGUAGCGUCUCGGAAAAUGACAGAGGAGCGGCAUACAGCUCAUUCCUAACAGAAAUGGACCUCCAUAUUCUCAACACAGGAGACACACCAACCUUCGAAACCUACAGAAAUGGAAAAAUCUGCAAAAGCAGGGUAGAUGUUACCGAGGAGUGGAAAGUCGACGCAAAUCUCAUAACUUCAGACCACAAUGCUAUCACUUUCGCAAUGCGCACGGGAAAGGCACUAGAACAUCUCAAGCCAAUCACAACGCGUAUCUAUAACACCAGAAAGGCGAACUGGUCGAAAUUUGCGUCAAAACUGAAACUGCUCCUAGUUGAGAAAAACAUUACAAUUUCAUCUGUUAAAGAGUGUGAUAACCCAGAAGAUCUUGAAAAGAUGAUCUCAGCGUAUACUGAAGCCAUCCAUGCAGCCUGCGAAAAAACCAUCCCAACCGCAGGAAAAUGGAACGGGGAACUCAAGCCCCCAUGGUGGUCAAAGUCGCUUGAAGAUCUAAAAAAAGAUGUUCUGAGGAAAAAAAGGAGAAUAAGGAAUGCUGCUGCUUCCAGAAUGCCUCACGUCAUAGAAGAGUAUCAAAAAGCCAAAGUAGAGUACUCCGAGCAAGCCGAGAAAGCCCAAACACAAAGUUGGAAGGAGUUCUGUACGACUCAGGAAAAAGAAAGCAUGUGGGACAAAAUCUACAGGGUCAUAAAGAAAACCUCCGGCAAGCAGGAAGACAUGCUUCUAAGAGACCCUGCGGGCAACACGUUAUCCCCCCAAGAGUCGGCGGAACUCCUAGCCAAGACAUUCUACCCAGAUGACUCCGUAAGCACCGACCAACUAUUCCAUGCGGAACUGAGAGAAAAAACAAAGAACAUACCUCAGGAUCUUAAAGAUGACGAUCCACCAUUUACUGCCGCAGAAAUAGACCUCGUGCUACAAGCAAUGAACGCAAAAAAAGCCCCCGGAUCCGAUGGCUUCACUGCCGAUAUCUGUGGCGCAGCCAUUCAGUGCGAUAGGGAGGUGUUCAUGGCGAUAGCCAAUAAGUGCUUAUCGUUUAAACAUUUCCCAUCCCAAUGGAAAACGGCCCACGUGGUUAUCUUGCGGAAAGCUGGCAAAGAGGACUAUACACACCCAAAGUCCUACAGACCAAUAGGGUUACUCUCAGUUCUCGGAAAAAUUGUUGAAAAACUAAUGGUCAGUCGCCUCCAGUGGCAUAUCUUCCCGACGCUUAACAUAAAACAGUACGGCUUCAUGCCUCAGAGAGGAACCGAGGACGCCCUCUAUGACCUCGUAGAACACCUAAGAGAGGGAAUAAACAGUAAAAACAUCGUCAUUCUCAUCUCCCUGGACAUAGAGGGUGCUUUCGACAACGCAUGGUGGCCCGCUUUAAAACAUCAACUGACAAAGAAAAGGUGCCCACGAAAUCUGUACGAGAUGGUAUGCUCUUAUCUCAGUGACCGAAAAAUCAAGGUCAAUUACGCUCGUGCAGCAUGUGAGAAGGGAACCACUAAAGGAUGUGUCCAAGGCUCCAUAGGAGGACCGACGUUCUGGAACAUCAUACUCGACUCACUGCUACACAAACUAGAGGCUGAGGGAGUGUAUUGCCAAGCUUUCGCAGAUGAUGUGGCCCUUGUCUUCACAGGUCAAGCAGUAAACACCCUAGAGGAGUCAGCGAACAAAGUACUAAAUGGAAUAGUGGAAUGGGGAACUCGGAACAAACUCAACUUCGCACCGCAUAAGACCAACGCGAUGCUACUAACAAAGAAGAUGAAGUACGAUCUACCCCAACUAUCCAUGGCUGGCACAAAAAUUAAUCUCGUAGAGGAAAUAAAACUGCUGGGCCUCAUCAUAGACCGCAGGUUAACUUUUAAAGCUCAUAUUACCGCUCAGUGUAAAAAGGCAGCGGAUAUUUACAAACAGCUAGCGCGAGCGGCGAAAGUAACCUGGGGACUUAACGGUGAAAUUGUGAGGACAAUAUACAUCGCAGUAGUGGAGCCCAUCAUGACAUACGCCGCAAGCGUCUGGUCGGAAGCCGUUGAACUGGAAAUGAACAAAAAACAACUGUUCUCGCUGCAAAGAGGUUUCGCGCAGAAAAUAUGCAAAGCCUACCGAACAGUGUCGCUCACAUCUGCACUGGCACUAUCGGGAUUGCUGCCUCUCGAUCUCAGAAUACAGGAGGCAGCAAAUCUGUACAAAUCCAAAAAACUUUUGUCAACCGACUACCUCCCGCCAGGCAAAGAGCUCGAACGGAAAGUAGGGUACCUGGACUUACCACAUCCGUCCACACUUACCUCUACCAACUACGAGUUCUUUGAAAACACCAACCCGUUGCAUACCGGUUCCCAAAUCUUCACGGAUGGAAGCAAGAUAGAGGGAAAAGUCGGCGCCGCCCUAAGUUGGUGGGAGGAUGGAAAAGAAAAACUGUCCGAGACUUUUGGUCUCCACCCGUCGUGCACGGUCUUCCAAUCGGAACUUUAUGCCCUUCACAGGGCAACAAGACUGGUGAGCUCUAGUACGGAUAACAAAGUGAAUAUCUUGAGCGACUCGAGAUCAUCACUCGAUCUGCUCCGAAAUCCGAAACUGAGCCACCCCCUGGCAAGAAGCAUAAAGGAAAACAUUGCGAGGGUCGUGUGCGAGGGCAGGGAGAUAAAAAUGUUCUGGCUGAGGGCACACAUUGGAACUGCCGGGAACGAAAGAGCCGAUGAGCUCGCCAAAACGGCAGCUCUACAUAGCACCUCCCACGACUAUGACAAAGUCCCCCUGUCCUAUGUCAGGAAAAAGAUCAGAGAGGAAUCGGUCCGGAAAUGGCAAGACCGUUAUGCGACAUCCAGUACAGGAGCAGUCACGCGUAAAUUCUUACCGGAUGUCAACCAAGCUUACCGGAUUACGCGAAGUGCCAAACUGACCCCUGCUCACGUACAAAUGCUGACUGGACAUGGGGGGAUGGGAGAGUAUUUGUACAGAUUUAAACUCAAAGAAAGCCCAGAAUGUGAAUGCGACCCCAACAUCAUUGAAUCGGUCUGGCAUAUAAUUCUCGACUGCCCCCGUUUCCUUGCUGCAAGACAAGAUCUGGAGACAUUGAUAGACAGGAAUUUGGUGGAGUCAGAAUUAAAAGAUAUUCUGGCAGACACCAAGCAUAGACCUCAUUUUCUAUCUUAUUCAGAUCGUGUCUUCAGAGUAGCAGCCAGGAGAAACAGCACCAUACCCCGCCCCGACCCGCAAUCAAUACCAGUAUAUCAAGCCUCAGUCACAACCAUCACAGCACCACCACAAGCAACUCCUAAAGAAACAGCAACACAUCAGCUGUUGGAUUGUGGAGAAAAAGGAGAAGCUAGACUAAGACUCCGAAGCGUGGCUCUGUUCAUGGACGGAAGCAGUGAAAGACUCGGCAUCAGCUUCUGUAUCUCAGGGGCGCGAAAGAGCGUGGCCAUAUCACCCGGCCUAGCCUCUCUCCUAAAUGGGAGCACAUCGAAGGCUACCAUGAAGCGUAAAGCCUACGACGCAUUGCCAGUAACCCUAGUGGGAAAUCAGCCCUGCAGACUAGUGCGAUGGCGUAACAAGACCAUCGCACUAUUCGAGUGGGCCGACGACACCCCGUUCGUUCAGGCAUGCUCAUGGCUCAGUAAGCUUGGAGAGAUAGCGCUAGACAGUAACGUCCCCAGGAUAAUAAGCGUAGACGCAAUGGUGAUCGAGUAUAGGAAAGGCGAAAUUGUUGACCAGCUGGGUUGCCUAAAAGCCUCAAAACAUCAUGAAAUAGUGGUGUACGAGGACAGAGGCGAAGAUCUAAGCUUUCUCAAAGGUCAUAUACUUGCGAGGGGCAUUGACAACUGCCACCAACAAGCCGAAUACUUGGUCACCGGAUCUGAACGCCUACAGGAGAGGAUGACCGCUGGGGCUGUCGCCGCUUCAGAACAACGGAACAUGGAAAGGAGGAUGCACAAUUUAACAUCGCAAGGGCGUGUCCAAGGGUUCCUCCAGGCUUUUAAAGCAGCUGCCUCAAGCCUUAUAGGAAAACCACAGAGGACACCCGAGAGGCGCCAAAUCUCCAGAGAACCUAAAACUGGAAAAAGGCUUGCCCAGAGGAAAAUUACUCGAGCGGAUAUGGGCCAGGUGGUCCCACCGAAGCUGAAAACAGCUACCACCUCAAACGACCAUCUAGAGAAUGCCGCCAUCGAAUUUAUGGCAAUUACAACCGCCACAAAGCAGGUAAAUCUCUUGUCCUGCAAAACGAUC